AUAUCUGGAAAACCGGCACUUGAUUUCUUAUCGAUAAGUAAGAUUCUUUGAUGGGGUAAACCCAUCUAUGACUUCUCUUAUCAUCUAUAUAAAGAAAAAUUCAAAUUCACUGAUAAGAAUAACUUCUUCAUUUUCCAUCAAUCGUACUUCAGAAACGGAGCCAUGAUGCCAGGGGUGUCUUCUGUGUUGUUGGUGGCCAUUGGAUUUCUGGUAGCUGAAGCUCACCAACAAUAUUACACUGCAGCAGUGUUCGAGCAUUGCCGAUUUGGGACAAGGGAUGAUCCUCCGAGUCUCAUAGUACAGACGAAUCUCGAAUAUUACAGAAAGGCAACAGAUAUUGCCAAAUCCAAAGGUGCAGAUGUCAUUGUUUUCCCAGAAUAUGGCAUUUUUCCACCUGGUGAUCGAGAGCAACUGAAAGACUAUCUGGAAAGUGCUCCUGAUCCUAAAGUGGUUCGAGCCAAUCCCUGUGAAGAGCCCGAGGCCUAUUCCCAGAAACCAAUUCUUUACACCUUGAGUUGCUUGGCUAAGAAUAACUCUAUAUUCGUUGUAGCAAAUACAGGAGAUAUCCAUAAAUGCGAAGGUGAUCCAGAUUGCCCAUCGGAUGGAGAUUUUCAUUUUAAUACUAAUGUCGUCUUUGACAGAAACGGUACACUUUUAGUCAGAUACCACAAAGAACAUCUUUUCUACGAAUUCGGCAUGGACUUGGCAAGAAAACAGCAAAAUACCGUUUUCGAAACCGACUUUGGAACUUUCGCUACCUACAUUUGUUUCGACAUUGAUUUCGCAAGAAUGAGUCAAGUGGCGCGAUGGCCAGAAGUUGAUGGUAUUAUGUUUACUACUAUGUGGGUGGAUCAACCACCUCAGAUGAAGUCGAUUCAGACUUGGGAAUCUUGGUCAAUUGGAAAUAAUUCUACUCUUAUAGCUUCCAAUAUUCAGAUACCAGGAUUCUAUGCUGUUGGUAGUGGGAUUUUCCACGGGCAACAAGGAGCUCUGGCUUAUACUUUUGAUCCAGAUGGUAUUUCUAAAUUAGUAGUGGCCAAAGUUCCCAAAUCUGGAUUUGAUUCAGUGUCUCCAGAUGCCAGCAUGACAGCUAUAACCAAAAAUGGAACGUGGGAUAUGAAAGACAAUGUCACAGAUGUGCCCAUGGAGUGCUCCAGAAUGCUACUAAAUGAUACCACAGAGAUAUAUACGGAAUAUCGAUGUGUCGAGGAAAAUGUGACUCACUACAAUUUUAAGCAACUUGAGGAAUCUUCAGGUUAUGUUGAAGUAUGCCAAAAUGGACUCUGCUGCAGUCUUAAUUAUACCGCUGAUGACUUACAAGAACGUUUCUUCCUUGGUGUCUUUAGUGGUAUUUACGACCAUUUUGGCAGAUACUUCUGGUGCGAACAGGAUUGCAUACUUGUCAGAUGCGAGGCCUAUGGUGAUAGACCUUGUGCUACUUUUCCUAUGAAGUCCAACACGGUAUUUCGAUCUAUAGAUUUGAGAGCCAACUUCACCAGCCAGGCUGUUUAUCCUUCAGUCACUCAGAGUGGAAUGAGAUUGAUGCCGACCAAUGAAUGGUCCUAUCAGAGACAUGAUGAAAAUGGCAGAUCUAUUCACAUUGAGAAUGUUUUGGAAAGAAACUUGAUCACUGUUGGUAUGAAAGGCAGAUGCUAUGAUAAAGAUCCACCAUACCACAGAUAAAUUGGAAGCAACAUUUGUAUUACAAAGCAUCUAUCAUUGACAUGGGAAAAUUAUUUUAUAAUAUGUUUUGCUGUAAUUUCACUAUUGUGAAUUCUUGAGAUUGAAUGUCAUAACUUCGCUGUCAAGGUACAAAAUGACAUGCGAAGUCCAUUCAAAUAGAUCGUUUUCAAAAGAAUUACGGUUUCCGUUGAAAUAAAUAUAUGAAGAAUAAAAUGUUUGUUAGAA